ACCAAAGUGAUGUGACACGCCGGUGUGUAAAAUAUUUGAAUGUGAAAGAAACUACAUUAACAUUACCCUUAAGCACCUUGCUAAAAGAUACAAGGUAUUUCCAACAAGUGAACCUUUGACUCAAACGAAAACCUGUUUUUGAUUAAUUUUCUACCAAGGUGAAAUCCCACGCAGUUUGAUAUUAGAAUGCAACCAUAACCGUAUCUGUUUGUCCUGUUCAGGUUCCGGCAAUGCCAAUUGCAAGUAGAGCUCGUUAACACCAAGGGCAAUAUUUAACAUUUCUUAUCUUUCACUAUAAAACAGAAAAUAUAUAAUUAACGGUUCAUCAUAUCUAGAUUCCACCGCUGUCUUUGAUUAUUUUCACCUUCCACAAAGAAAUGAAGCUCAUACAGCUUCGCUUGUUCAUUAUCCUCUGUGGUUUAUCAACGACCCUAGUGACUUCUCAAGAUUCAUGUAGCUCUAAAUUGUUGCAACUCCAGCAACCUGUUCCUUUUGAUACAAGCUCACUUCUGUGCAAUCCAGUUUGGGGCGAUCACAGUUUCAUCCUUAGAUAUGCUAAGGCUUCAUCAGAUGUUUGGAGCUUCAUAUUCUCAUUCCCCUCAAACAUAAACGCUUAUGCGGCAAUAGGAUUCUCCAAUGAUGGCAGCAUGGUUGGUUCUACUGCAAUUGUGGGGUGGAUGCCAUCUCCGGGUGCAGGAGGAAUGAAACAGUACUUUCUGGGUGCAAAGUCACCAGACCAGGUUACUCCUGACAAAGGAGAUCUUUAUAUGAUGAAUGCAUCCAUAGUUCCUGCUAGUACUUCACUAGUGUACAUGAUCUUCCAAUUGAAAACCACCCAACCUAGUUCAAAGCUAAUAUUUGCCAUUGGACCCGAUGGUGCAUUUCCUAAUUAUCCAGGUUAUGCCUUGGCCCAACAUAGUGAUCAGAUAUCCAAAGUCAUAGAUUAUAAAACAGGUACAACAACUAGUGUAAUUCCAUACCUGAAUCUUCGAAGAAGCCAUGGGAUUCUGAACAUUGCAGGAUGGAGCAUUCUAUUGAUAAUAGGAUCCAUAAUUGCUCGCUACUUCAAGCACUGGGAUCCCACUUGGUUUUAUUUACAUGCUUCCAUUCAAGCACUUGCCUUUGUAGCUGCCGUAGUUGGAAUUUUCAUUGGACUAGCCUUAUCUAGGAAACUCAAAGCUGAAUCUGAUGUCAUUCAUCACAAAAAUAUAGCAAUUCUCAUUAUCAUCCUAGGAUUCCUCCAGGUGUUGGCCAUUGUUUUACGACCAGGAUUGGAAUCAAAGAUACGGAAGUAUUGGAAUUGGUACCAUCAUAACAUAGGGAGAAUUUUGCUUUGCUUUGCAGUGGGUAAUAGCUUUUAUGGACUCCAUUUAGGAGGAGAAGGGUCUAAGUGGUUUCUUGCUUAUGGAGUUUCCAUUGCUGCCUUAGUUCUUAUCGCUGUCAUUUUGGAGAUAAGAAUGUGGAUUGUUGCAAGAAAAGAGAGUCAGUCCAGAAAGACAACAUCGUUUCCUCAAUCCAGUACAGAGUUAGCUUACUAUUAACUUCUUCAACAUCAUUUGUAAUUUAUAAGGUAAUUUGACAUUGCCGCAAUGGUGAUAUAUAUUACGUAGUAAAAAUAUUUUAGUUGUUUUA